GACACACAUCACUUGAAAAUCCAUUAACUCAUAGUGGGUCUUUACUUCCUUUUUCCUGUCCGCCUCUCUCUGUCCUCCUCCUCCCGCUGCUCCUGCUGCUGCUGUUAGGCAGCUAAGUUCACGCAAUCUGCUGCCGCUGCUGCCUAUCAAGGCAGUGUUUUCUGAAGGAGUUUGAAAUUUCCUUGGAAUGGCUUUGGUUGUAAUCUGCGGCCAGCCAUGCAGUGGGAAGUCCACAGCUGCGUUUUUCCUAGCUGAAGCUCUCAAAGAAUCAGAAUCUAACUCAACCAUUAGAAUAAUUGAUGAAGCUUCUUUUCAUCUUGAUCGUAAUCAAAGUUAUGCCAACAUGACUGCAGAGAAGAAUUUAAGAGGAGCGCUCCGGUCUGAAGUUGAUAGAUCUGUAUCAAAAGACAAUAUAAUCAUAGUGGAUUCUUUGAACAGUAUCAAGGGUUACAGGUAUGAGCUAUGGUGUUUGGCUCGUGCUGCAGGAAUAAGAUAUAUUGUGUUGUUUUGUGAUGUCGAAGAAACUCAAUGUAAAAAAUGGAAUGAACAACGUAUGGAGAAGUGUGAAGCUACAUAUGAUGAUACUAUCUUUGAGGACCUGGCAAGAAGGUUUGAGAGGCCAGAUAGAAGAAAUCGAUGGGAUUCUCCUCUGUUUGAGUUAUCGCCGUAUAAAGAUGGUAUUCAGAAAUCUUCAGCUGCCAUUGUAGAUGCUGUUUCAUACUUAACAAAAAAAGUGGACUCAAAAACUCGGGAUGUUAAAAUUUUACAUCCAACAAUUGCUACACAAAGUACACGAUUUUCGGAGGCAAAUUCUCUAUACGAGCUGGACAGGGCAACACAAGAGGUUACCAAUGUCAUUGUAGAAGCACAAUCCCAGUCAAUCGGAGGACCUCUAAAUGGAAUUUCUCUUGGCCAGGGUUUACCAACUCUUAAUAUGUCAAGAUCAGUUGGGCUACCAGAGUUACGGAGACUGCGUCGGACAUUCAUCAAGUUGACAGGUCAGACAAGCUUAAGUGGACCUCCCCCUCCUUCGGAUGCAGAGAGCGCAAAAAGGAUGUUUGUUGAUUACUUGAACAGGGAAUUGGGAACUACUUGAAGAAGGAAUACGAGGAUUAUGCUAUGCCCAUUCAUCUGCUACUGCUAGUGGCUAUGGUGCAAGUGAAGCCGUAAGAAUUACAUUUUGAAUUAGUGUUGGAUGUUCAAGUUUUUGUACCGACAAAUAUAGUGCCACUGUAGGGGAUUUGUCGCUGAAUGGUGGCAUUUUUUUACUUAUUUGUAUCAUUGAAAUCUGAGCAAUAUUUUGUUAACAACGCAGCAGUGUACCAUUGGAUCUUGUA